AUGCGCGGUGGAGAUAAAACUGAUCAUCUGAUUAGUUUGUAUCGAAUCUUCAUUAGAUCCAAAAAAUGGACAUUGCGUAUGAUAUUUCACGCCAUUGACCUAGCACUAACCAAUAGCUGGCUGGAAUACCAAGAAGAUUGCAAAAUAUGUAAUAUACCAAGUACAGACGUUUUCGAUUUGUUGCACUUUCGGCAGCGCGUUGCAGAAGCUCUAAUAAAAAUGGGGCAUCCAAUUCCUAACAGAAAAAGAGGACGGCCCGCAUCUGGUGGUAGCAGUCCAGUAAAUUCACCAGUUACACCAAAACAACACCGUUACAGGAUUGAAAUAAGACCAGCUAGCGAAAUCCAGUAUGACACUGUCGACCAUUUGCCAGAAUAUGAUCAAAAGAAAGAAGCUACAAGAUGUAAAAAUCCAGGAUGUAAAGGAAAGACGCAUGUUUACUGUCUGAAAUGUGAAAUACAUCUGUGUUUUACUGGUGAGCGAAAUUGCUUUCGAAAAUUUCAUCAAAAACAAGAAUAA